AUGUCGCCCGUCAAACCCCGAUAUCAGCCUCUCCAGAACAACGACUCUGGCGCGAGGUUGGGUGACGGAGAUCUGUCGGACGAAGAUGUGAAGCCUCAUUCUCGUAGCGAUGGACACCUCCUCGAUCCUGCGGGCGCCAGCACCGGCAAGUCAUCAAGAUACUCAUCAAAAUCAGUCAGCAGCCGAAUUUGCGGUGGCCGAAAAUUGACCAAGACAUACAUUGCCAUCUCUGUCCUUGUCGUCGCAGUCUUCACCUCUGUUAUUGGUGGUGGUGGUUAUUGGAUCUAUAGUACCGGUCAGAUCAACGGUCAGUCGCCUCCAUGGUAUCCAACCCCCCGAGGAGGCACCCUUCCGUCAUGGAAGGACAGCUACGAGAAAGCACGAAAACUUGUUGAUCGCAUGAGCCUAGUCGAGAAGGUCAAUAUCACUACUGGUACAGGAUGGUCUAUGGAUCUUUGUGUCGGCAACACUGCCCCUGCCAUCAAUGCCGGUUUCCCCGGACUCUGUCUCCAGGACGGGCCUCUGGGUAUCCGCUUCACUGACCAUGCGACAUCAUUUCCUGCAGGCCUGACUGUGGGCGCAACUUUCAAUCGCGACCUCAUGCGUCGACGUGGUGCUGCCCAUGCACGCCAAGCCAAGCUCAAAGGAGUGAAUAUCCUCCUGGGGCCUUCCAUGGGUCCUCUGGGAAGGAACCCUGCUGGCGGAAGGGUAUGGGAAGGCUUUGGCUCUGAUCCCGUCUUGCAGGGAGUAGCUGCAUCCGAGACGAUCCGGGGAAUUCAGUCUCAAGGCGUCAUCGCGACGGCUAAACACUUUGUUGGAAACGAACAAGAACAUUUCCGCAAAUCCUUUGAAUGGGGGUUACCGGAAGCAUUAUCUUCUAAUAUCGAUGAUAGAACUCUCCAUGAGCUCUAUGCUUGGCCGUUUGCGGAGAGCAUUCGUGCAGGGGUUGCGUCGGUCAUGUGCUCCUAUCAAAUGGUCAACAAUUCAUACGCAUGCGCGAACAGUAAGCUUAUGAAUGGGAUCCUGAAAGAUGAGAUGGGAUUCCAGGGCUUCGUUCAGUCCGAUUGGCUGGCUCAGAGAAGCGGUGUCGCCAGUGCGCUCGCUGGUCUCGAUAUGUCAAUGCCUGGUGACGGACUAUACUGGCAGAAUGGGAAGGCACUAUUCGGCGAUCAGCUCACCAUCGCGGUAUUGAACGGAUCAGUGCCAAUGUCAAGAUUGAAUGAUAUGGUGCUCCGAGUGGUUGCAGCGUGGUACCAAUUGGGCCAAGAUUUGUGGCCGCCGGCUUUGCCGAACUUCUCAUCGUGGACCGAUGACAAGUAUGGGCUACUCCACCACGGAAGUAGUACAACGCAGCCUAAGGUCGUCGUCAAUCAAUUCAUCGAGACCGAAGAUGAUGAGAGCCGCAACAUUGCUCGUCAAGUCGCGAUCGAGGGCACUGUUCUGCUCAAGAAUGAAGAUUCACUGUUGCCUCUGAGCCCCAGGCUUGAGGAACUCGGUACCUCUGGCAAGAGGAAAGUUGCCAUCGUUGGCGAGGAUGCUGGGCCUGGCAAGGGAGCGAACUAUUGUGAGGAUCGAGCUUGUAAUCAAGGUACUCUUGCCGUUGGCUGGGGUUCUGGGGCCACCGAGUUUACCUAUCUCGUCGACCCACUGUCAGCACUCAACGCAAGUUUUGACAAGUCUGCUGUUGACAUCACCGUUUCCCUGACAAAUAGUGUGUCCUCGCGGCUCCAAACCACCCUUGGAGAGCAGGAUUUGUGUAUUGUGUUUGGAAACGCCGAUUCUGGCGAGGGACAUCGCAUUUGGGCAUCUCAGCGAGCGGACAGAAAUGAUCUUGAGAUGCAGAAAGGGGCAGGUACACUGAUCAAGAACGUUGCCGAAGCUUGUGGUGGUCCAGUCAUUGUUGUGAUUCAUUCCGUUGGACCUGUCUUGGUUGAGGGAGUCGCCGACCUGCCUUCUGUCAAGGCCAUUUUGUUUGCCAACUUACCCGGACAAGAAAGUGGCAAUGCUCUCGCCGACGUGCUUUUUGGCCGUGCGGAUGCUUCUGGGCGACUUCCCUACACUUUAGGCAAAAGCCUUGACGACUAUGGUCCUGGUGCUCCGGUGCUCUAUUACCCAAAUGCCAUCAUACCACAGGUUGAUUUCAAGGAAGGUCUCUUCAUUGACUAUCGCCAUUUCGACAAGCAUAACAUCGAACCACGAUACCCGUUUGGCCAUGGUCUCUCAUAUACUACUUUUCAGUUCGCAGACCUGAAGGUCACGAGCUUGAAGGCCAAAUCUCCGCGACCCUCGCCAAAGCCCGAAUCGCUUGCGCCGCCUGCCAUGAAUGAAGAGAUACCCGAAGCUGAGAGUGCAAUCUUUCCCCCGGGGUUCUCGAAGCUAAAGAAGUUCAUCUAUCCAUAUAUCUCGAGUACCGGCCAAGUUAGGAAAGGGAACUACCCAUAUCCUGAUGGGUACGAGCUGAAGCGGCAACCAAGUCAAGCUGGAGGAGGCGAGGGAGGCAACCCUGCCUUGUUUGAAGAAUAUGUCAGUGUUCAAGUAAAACUUGAGAACAUCGGACCCCGGAAAGGAAAGGAGGUCGUUCAGAUAUACGUCACCUUCCCUCCAUCGAUACAGGAACCAUCAACAGGAGAACUUGUCGAAACACCCGUGAAAGUUCUUCGGAAUUUCACCAAAGUGGAACUCGAGGCCGGAGACUCUCAGGUGGUUAAUCUCACUCUGACCCGUAAAGAUCUGAGCUACUGGUCAGUCGUACAGCAAAAUUGGAUCAUGCCAGACGGAACGUUCAAGAUCUUGGUUGGCCGGAGUUCGCAAGAUCUUCCUUUACAGGGGAAGUUCUGA